CGCUCCGCUGGCUGCGCGCACACGCACGCACACCUCGCCGCCGCAGAGGCCGCCUUCUCCGACAUGGCCGCCGCCGCCGCAGGGGCGGACGCCGGGAUGGACGAAGUCCAGAAGCGGCUCAUGUUCGACGACGAAUGCAUUUUGGUGGAUGAACAGGACAAUGUUGUUGGCCAUGAAUCAAAAUAUAACUGCCAUCUGAUGGAAAAGAUCGAAUCUGAUAAUCUACUUCACAGGGCUUUCAGUGUAUUCCUGUUCAACUCAAAAUAUGAGCUCCUACUUCAGCAACGAUCUGCAACAAAGGUUACAUUUCCUCUAGUUUGGACCAACACCUGCUGCAGCCAUCCUCUGUACCGUGAGUCUGAGCUUAUACAGGAAAACCACCUUGGCGUUAGAAAUGCUGCUCAGAGGAAGCUCCUGGAUGAGCUGGGUAUCCCAGCUGAAGACGUACCAGUUGACCAAUUCACCCCUCUUGGCCGGAUGCUCUACAAGGCCCCAUCUGAUGGAAAAUGGGGUGAACAUGAGCUUGACUACCUGCUGUUCAUUGUCCGUGACGUGAAGGUACUCCCAAACCCGGACGAAGUGGCUGAUGUGAAAUACGUGAGCCGUGAGGAGCUGAAGGAGCUCAUCCGCAAAGCAGAUGCAGGAGAGGAGGGCCUGAAGCUGUCUCCCUGGUUCCGGCUGGUUGUGGACAACUUCCUCAUGCGCUGGUGGGAUCACGUCGAGAAAGGCACCCUCAAUGAGGCUGUGGACAUGGAGACCAUCCACAAGCUGAAGUAAGGACUUGCUAGUGGCUGGAGCCUGGAAUGAUCGUGCAAACCUUUCGUGUGCCGCAUAUAUAUUACUGUAAACCUGGGAAGUUGCAUAAGUCAGAAGAAGCCUUUUGUAUGCUGCUGGGUUGGAAGUUUGGAACUUGGAAAUGUUAGGCUGAGCCGACAGAGAAAUCCCCUUAUAGAGUGCCUAUGUUAAUUUAGCAAACUACACUAUAUGAUUAUUUCAUGUUCCGUGUUUACUCCUACUUAUAUGACGAUGAUGAUCAUGCCAUUCCUUCA